CAGGAUGGGGCUUGGCCACAGAUGCCAUUAUCUGAUGUACCUUUAGCCGGAACGUGCAUAUUACUUGGCAGUGGGCAGAGCACACACUCUGUGUUUGUGGGAACGUUUGCCAGGGAGGAAUGCUGGGAGAGAGACGGUGGCUCAUCAGACAAGGGCCAGAGGUUGCUCAGCUCCGGGACGGAGGGAAAACACUGGCACUGGCAGAGGACAGCUAAGGUCCACAGGAAUCGGCAGCAAGGGGCGCAGACAAUGCUGGGCCCCAUGGCUGAGCCGGCCCUGGAGGACAGAGGGCUUCGGAUCAGGACCGCUCCCCAGGGUGUGUCGGGCCUCCAGGACAGCUUGUUCUCCUCUGAAAGUGACAACAGCCUGUACUUCACCUACACUGGCCAGUCCAACACCUUGGAGGUCCAAGGCCUCAACUACCAGGUGGACGUGGCCUCCCAGGUGCCUUGGUUUGAGCAGCUGGCUCAGUUCAAGAUGCCUUGGGCAUCUCACAAGGACUCUUGUGAGCUGGGCAUCCAGAAUCUGAGCUUCAAAGUGAGGAGUGGGCAGAUGCUGGCCAUCAUAGGGAGCUCAGGCCGUGGGAGAGCAUCUUUGCUGGACGUGAUCACCGGGCGAGGCCAUGGUGGCAAAGUGAAGUCAGGCCAGAUCUGGAUCAACGGGCAGCCCAGCACGCCUCAGCUGGUGAGGAAGUGCGUGGCCCACGUGCGCCAGCAUGACCAGCUGCUCCCCAACCUGACUGUCCGCGAGACCCUGGCUUUCGUGGCCCAGCUGCGCCUGCCCAGAACUUUCUCCCAGGCCCAGCGUGACAAAAGGGUGGACGACGUGAUCGCGGAGCUGCGGCUGCGGCAGUGUGCCAACACGCGCGUGGGGAACACCUACGUCCGGGGCGUGUCAGGGGGCGAGCGGCGGAGAGUCAGCAUCGGGGUGCAGCUUCUGUGGAACCCAGGAAUCCUCAUUCUGGAUGAGCCCACCUCUGGGCUCGACAGCUUCACGGCCCACAACCUGGUGAGAACCCUGUCCAGGCUGGCCAAGGGCAACCGGUUGGUGCUCAUCUCCCUCCACCAGCCUCGGUCAGACAUCUUCAGGCUGUUCGACUUGGUCCUUCUGAUGACAUCUGGCAUCACCAUCUACUUAGGGGCAGCACAGCACAUGGUCCAGUAUUUCACGGCAGUCGGCUACCCCUGUCCUCGCUACAGCAACCCUGCUGACUUCUAUGUGGAUCUGACCAGCAUAGACAGGCAGAGCAGAGAGCAGGAAGUAGCCACCACGGAGAAGGCACAGUCGCUUGCAGCCUUGUUUCGGGAGAAAGUGCGUGGCUUCAAUGACUUCGUCUGGCGGGCGGAGGCCAGGGAGCCCGGAGUGGGCACUUUUUCAGAAAGCCUCGUUCUCCCAAGGGACACCAACCAGCCCCCGACUCCCACGGGGCUGCCCGGCCCCGUGCAGCAGUUCACCACGCUGAUCCGUCGUCAGAUUUCCAACGACUUCCGGGACCUCCCCACCCUCCUCAUCCAUGGGGCAGAGGCCUGCCUCAUGUCCCUGGUCAUCGGGUUCCUCUACUACGGCCACGGGGCCGUCCGGCUCUCCUUCAUGGACACGGCGGCCCUCCUGUUCAUGAUCGGAGCUCUCAUCCCUUUCAACGUGAUCCUGGACGUCAUUGCCAAAUGUCACUCGGAGAGGGCGAUGCUUUACUAUGAACUGGAAGACGGGCUCUACACUGCCGGGCCCUAUUUCUUUGCCAAGAUCCUAGGGGAGCUUCCAGAGCACUGCGCCUACAUCUUCAUCUAUGGAAUGCCCACCUACUGGCUGGCCAACCUGCGUCCGAGCCCCGAGCCCUUCCUGCUGCACUUCCUGCUGGUGUGGCUGGUGGUCUUCUGCUGCAGGGUCAUGGCCCUGUGCACCGCCGCCCUGCUCCCCACCUUCCACAUGUCCUCUUUCUUUGGCAACGCUCUCUACAACUCCUUCUACCUGACCGGGGGCUUCAUGAUAAGCUUGGACAACCUGUGGACAGUGCCUGCCUGGAUUUCCAACGUGUCCUUCCUCCGGUGGUGUUUCGAAGGGCUGAUGCAGAUUCAGUUUAAAGGGCAAAUUUACCACCUCGCGGUCGGCAACCUCACCAUCCCUGUCCAAGGAGACAAAAUCCUCAGCUCUAUGCACUUGGACUCGUACCCGCUCUACGCCAUCUACUUCAUCCUCAUCGGCAUCAGUGGUGGCUUCGUGGCCCUGUACUAUGUGUCCUUAAAAUUCAUCAAACAGAAGUCAAGUCAAGACUGGUGAUGCACGCCCAGCCUCCUGCCCACUGGACGCCAGCAGUUCCUUCCAUUGCACUCCCUUUCCCCCAAGGAGCCCCUUCCCAGGCAUAAGGAGGACAGUGUGAACUCAGCUGCUCAGCUACAUCCGGCCUACAGUGCUGCAGUGGCACAAGCUGGCCACAGGAUGGCAGUAGAAUAAAGACAGUAGAAAGGGAUUUCUGAUCAUUGGUCAGAGCCUAAGAUUACCGGGAACGUGAAAACCUUACUUGGGACACCUACAACGUUGCUAAUUUAUUACCUUUUGAUACGCAUUUAUAUAGGCAACUCAAUACAGGAUGGAGGCAAAUUAGGUAGGAAUCAAAUAACUGGGACAUGCAAGAAUAUUUCUUAUUGUGUAUUGACCACCCCAAGUCAAGUCUCCUUCUACCACCAUUUAUCCCUGAUUUACCCCCUUCUACCUCCCCUACCCACCUUUCCCUUUGGUAAUCACCAUACUGUUGUCUAUGUCUGAGGGUUGUUUUGGGGGGUUUUUUUUGGCUUAAUCCAUUAACCUUUAUCACCCAGCUCCCCAGUACUCUCCCUUCUGACAGCUGUCAGUCUCUUCUCUGUAUUUAUGAGUCUCUUUCUAUUUUGUUCAUUAGUUAAUUUUGUUCAUUAGAUUCCACAUGUAAGUGAAAUCAUAUGGUAUUUGUCUUCCUCUGACUGGCUUAUUUCACUUAGCAUAAUGUUCUCCAGGUCCAUCCAUGCUGUCACAAAAGGUAAGAUUUCCUUCUUUUUUUGGCCAAGUAAAAUUCAAUUGUGUAGAUGUACCACUGCUUUUUUAUCCAUUCACCUCAGAUGGGCAUUUGAGCUGCUUCCAAACCAUGCAAGAACUGAUAGGGCUCAGAGGAAGCAAAACCAUAAUAGCUAGUGGAAUACUGGCCUCAUCUUCCAGAGCCCCCAAACUUUGCGAUAAGAUCCUCUCAAUACAGAAGAUGACCUAAAAUCUACCAGUGACUUGCUACCUUUCUCUUUGUGUGGUGUCAUGGACUCCAAAAGCCAAACUGAACAAUU